CCUCACAUAGCCCACCCCAUAUUCUUAGCCGCUGCUUCCUUGUAGGAGUGACAGAUUCCGCAGCCCUUGAGGGUUCAGUUUCCUUUGAUGGACAUUCAUACUGAUGAAUCAGAGUGCCUGAAACUCCAGCGGGCGUUGAAAAGCGGGCCUUGAAGCCUAUAGCUUAGCAGUAGGGCGCGGCGCCGUCCAACCACUUCUGCCGGCGCCGCCAAUCACCCAGGGCCCCGCCCCCGCGCGUGACGUAAGUAGGGUGGGUAGCAACAGUUGCCCCGGUGAGGGAAACGGAGGCGCCAUAGCCACGGUAGUCGUGGCGACCAAGCAACCCGGCAACGCGAGUCAACAACAACAACUGCCCGGCCGACCCCCACCCCUACUCCCCCGGCCAGGCCUGGGGACCCCGGCACGUCCUGUCCCCUUCCUAACAUCGACGCCGAGACCUCCGAAAAGCUCUUCCGCGGACAGAAGUGGGGGGAAAGCCGAGGAAAGUAGCCAGAAAGAAAAAUCCUGCUUGGACCCAGUCCCAGAUUCAGUCCCAAGCCUUCCAGGAGGCAUCUGGGAAGAGGAAAAAAAGCGUUAUUUAUUAUAAUUUUCCCCCACCGUUGGCAUGGCAACACAGGCAUAUACUGAGCUACAGGCGGCCCCGCAACCAUCCCAGACGCCGCAGGCCCCACCACAGGCCCAGCCCCAGCCGCCACCCCCAACAGCACCGCAGCCCCCCCAGCCUCCCACCGCCGCCACCACUCCCCAGCCCCAGUAUGUCACUGAGCUACAGAGCCCCCAGCCCCAGGCACAGCCACCAGGCAGCCAGAAGCAGUACGUGACGGAGCUCCCAGCCGCACCGGCACCCUCCCAGCCAGCUGGUGCACCCACCCCGACCCCUGCCUCCCAGCAGUACAUUGUGGUCACCGUCUCUGAAGGUGCCAUGCGGGCCAGCGAGACUGUGUCAGAGGCCAGCCCGGGCUCCACCGCUAGCCAGACCGGCGUCCCCACUCAGGUGGUUCAGCAGGUGCAGGGCACCCAGCAGCGGCUGCUGGUCCAGACGAGUGUGCAGGCCAAGCCAGGCCACGUGUCACCCCUCCAGCUAACCAAUAUCCAGGUGCCCCAGCAGGCUCUCCCCACACAGCGUCUGGUGGUGCAGAGUGCAGCCCCAGGCAGCAAGGGCAGCCAGGUUUCCCUGACAGUCCUCAAUACCCAGCAGGUGCACUCGCCCCCGGAGCGGUCACCAGUGCAGGCCAACAGCUCUUCCAGCAAGACAGUUGGGGCCCCCACGGGCACAGUGCCGCAGCAGCUGCAGGUCCAUGGUGUCCAGCAGAGUGUCCCCGUCACCCAAGAGAGGUCCGUGGUCCAGGCCACUCCACAGGCACCCAAAGCUGGCCCUGUGCAACCGCUGACUGUGCAGGGGCUCCAACCAGUCCAUGUGGCUCAAGAGAGCUCAGGCAGUCAGUUUCCCGCUAGGAAGGCAGAACAGCAAGAGCCCCGGCCCACGCCGCCGCCGGAGCUGCCUUCCCGGCCGCCCACACCCGGGCCCGGGCUGGGCGCGCUGGCCCCCGAGCCGCCGCCGCUCCCGCCAGUGUGCAGCGGCGAGGCCCCGCAGCUAGGCAGCCCUGAGCCGCCGCCGCCCCAUUACGAGCCGGGCGCCGAGCAGUGGGUGGAACUGGUGGGCGUGCUGCCCCCGCACCUGCUCCUGCCGCAGCAGAAAGUGGUCCUCGAGCCACUGCCUGGGCUCCCGACCCGAGCCAGCCCCGACCAGAGGGUCAGGAUCCAGAGAGUCCCCCAGGUGCUAGUGUUCGGCACGGCCGCCACGGCCCUCAAAGUGCAGCAGCUCCAGCAGGUGCCUGUCCCACACGUGUACUCCAGCCAGGUGCAGUAUGUGGAGGGUGGUGACGCCAGCUACACAGCCAGUGCCAUCCGCUCCAGCACCUACCCCUACCCUGAGACGCCACUGUACACACAGACAGCGGGCACCAGCUACUUUGAGGCUGCAGGCACAGCUGCCCAGGUCAGCACUCCCGCUACCUCCCAGGCAGUAGCCAGCAGCAGCUCUGUGCCCAUGUACGUGUCCGGCAGCCAGGUCGUCGCCAGCUCUACCAGCAGCGGGGGUGGGGCCACCAACAACAGUGGCAGCGGUAGCAGUGGUGGUGGUGGUGGCGGCAGCACCGGCGGCGGCGGAGGAGGUGGUGGCGGGGGUGGCAGUGGCAGCAGCAGCAGUGGAGCAGGCACCUACGUGAUCCAAGGUGGCUACAUGCUGGGCAGUGCCAGCCAGUCCUACUCCCAUACCACUCGUGCCUCGCCAGCCACGGUCCAGUGGCUCCUGGACAACUAUGAGACGGCUGAGGGUGUGAGCCUGCCACGGAGCACCCUUUACUGCCACUACCUGCUGCACUGCCAGGAGCAAAAACUGGAGCCUGUGAAUGCUGCCUCCUUUGGCAAGCUUAUCCGCUCUGUCUUCAUGGGUCUGCGUACCCGCCGUCUGGGCACCAGGGGCAACUCCAAGUACCACUACUAUGGCCUGCGCAUCAAGGCCAGCUCACCCCUACUGCGGCUGAUGGAGGACCAGCAGCACAUGGCCAUGCGGGGCCAGCCCUUCUCACAGAAGCAAAGGCUUAAGCCCAUCCAGAAAAUGGAAGGCAUGACCAACGGUGUGGCUGUGGGCCAGCAGCAGAGCACAGGACUGUCAGACAUCAGCGCCCAGGUGCAGCAGUACCAGCAGUUCCUGGAUGCCUCCCGGAGCCUCCCUGUCUUCACAGAGCUCGACCUCCAAGGCAAAGUGCUACCUGAAGGUGUUGGGCCUGGGGACAUCAAGGCCUUCCAGGUCCUGUACCGGGAACACUGUGAGGCCAUCGUGGAUGUCAUGGUGAACCUGCAGUUCAGUCUGGUGGAGACACUGUGGAAGACCUUCUGGAGGUACAACCUCAGCCAGCCCAGCGAAGCACCACCUCUGGCCAUGCACGACGAGGCCGAGAAGCGGCUGCCCAAGGCCAGCCUGGUGCUCCUCUCAAAGUUUGAGCCUGUGCUCCAGUGGACCAAGCACUGUGACAACGUGCUGUACCAGGGCCUGGUGGAGAUCCUCAUCCCUGACGUGCUGCGGCCCAUCCCCAGUGCCUUGACCCAAGCAAUCCGGAACUUUGCCAAGAGCCUGGAGAGCUGGCUCACCCACGCCAUGGUGAACAUCCCGGAGGAGAUGCUGCGGGUGAAGGUGGCAGCCGCCGGCGCCUUCUCUCAGACACUGCGGCGCUACACGUCGCUCAACCAUUUGGCGCAGGCGGCGCGCGCUGUGCUGCAGAACACCGCGCAGAUCAACCAGAUGCUGAGCGACCUCAACCGCGUGGAUUUCGCCAACGUGCAGGAGCAGGCCUCGUGGGUGUGCCGCUGCGAAGACCGCGUGGUGCAGCGUUUGGAGCAGGACUUCAAGUUGACGCUGCAGCAGCAGAACUCGCUAGAGCAGUGGGCGGCCUGGCUGGACGGCGUGGUGAGCCAGGUGCUCAAGCCGUACCAAGGCAGUGCCGGCUUCCCGAAGGCAGCCAAACUCUUCCUCCUCAAGUGGUCCUUUUACAGCUCUAUGGUGAUCCGGGACCUGACCCUACGCAGCGCCGCCAGCUUCGGCUCCUUCCACCUCAUCCGUCUGCUCUACGACGAAUAUAUGUAUUACCUGAUUGAGCACCGCGUGGCCCAAGCCAAGGGCGAGACCCCAAUCGCCGUCAUGGGCGAGUUCGCCAACCUGGCCACCUCACUGAAUGCCCUGGACCCAGACAAAGACGAGGAGGAGGAAGAAGAGGAGGAGAGUGAGGACGAGCUGCCGCAAGACAUCUCCCUGGCGGCUGGGGGCGAGUCGCCAGCGCUGGGCCCUGAGGCUCUGGAACCGCCGGCCAAGCUGGCGCGGACUGACGCACGCGGCCUCUUCGUGCAGGCGCUGCCCUCAAGCUAAGCCCGCGGCUGCCCCCGCCCCCACUCCUACCCCUCCAGCCCGCCCCCACCCCUUGCCCCUUCAAGCCAGGGUCCCUCACAGUUUCUGUGGCAUUGCUGUCACUGCUCCAUCCUCGGCCAGGACAGGGAGGGAACCUCGGAGACAGGGAAGGCAGGGCCCCCUGCCUCGCUACCCCCGCCCCCCAAAUGGGGCCGACACAAUCACUGCGCUGGGCGGAGCCGCAGCUGCAAACUCUUGACAAAAAAGACGUGCCUUAAGGAACCCGCCGCCGCGCCCAGGUGCCCCGCAGGGCAUUAAGCUCGGCCCCUUGGCCCCCCUGAAGGCCACAGCUUCUCUCCCCAGCCCCGCCUUCCAGCUACCCCGGGGGCAGGCAGGCAGGCCCCCCUCCCCUGCGGAACUAUUAACUUAUUCUGCUCGCUGGCUUUGCACAGCCUGACCUGGCCCUGGCCCUGGCCCUGAGCCCCGGGUGGGCGCAGGUGGGCUUCACCUGGGGAACCCCACUGUCAGCAGUAGCCCCCGACCCCUCCCCCAGCACCCCCACUGCUUCCCCUUCUUGAUAUUAAGUGCAAUUAAAGCCGUGGGUGUCGCAUUUUCUCCAGCGCUGGGCCCUCCCUUGCCCUGCAGCCGAGAAUAGGCACUGCCCGGCCCGCCUCGGGGGAGGGGGCGGGAGGAGGGCACCGCCUCCAGCUUCCAAAGAAGAGCCGCAGGCUAUGGGCCAGGAAGUGUCCGCGCCUGCCCCGGCCUGGGCCGGGUGCUCCACAGAUCCAAGACCCCUGCCCCACACUCAAUGCGCCGCUGGUUUGUAAUGGAACCUUCUCGCGCUCUUACUCUCGCUGGAGACUGUGCUUCUCCUCUGUGCCGUGCGACACCCCCCCCCGCCCGCCCCCAAUGACUAUUGUGCGAUUUGUGAGCGCCGCCUGAGCGGAGUUGGUAACUUGUUGGGUUUUUUUCCAACCAUCAUGGCCUUAUCUGUUCCAGUUUUCUCAGUGUUUUCAACCUGUGAGAUAGAUGUUUAUGGCAAAAAAAAAAAAAAAGGAAAAGCUGACCUAUUGUAUAAAAAUCACUAUUUUGUGUGCUCCGUGUGCUACAGCUUUUGAGGUGGCCCUGCCCACACCCGCGGGGCCUCCCCUCUCCCAGCGGUGAAAGCGUCCACACGUGUGGUAGUUUAGUGUGCCGAGCUGUUUUCUACCUUUUUGUAGUCUUUCUUAAAACACAAUAAAUUCCGCUGUGGUAUUUGUCUA